UGGUGAGGAGGAGAGUUCCCCUUCUUUCUUCUGCUCCCUCUCAGUCCAUCUGUACCUCUCUCCCGCUGCUCCCUCUCAUAGCGCAGAGCUGCUCACUCACCCUCAGCUCUACCAUGGAGAGAGGGGCAAUGCUGGCCGUGUGUGUGCUCUGCUGGAGCUGCGGUGUGUGUGUGGUUACAGCCAUCCAGAGGGCUGAGAUGUUUCCUUAUGGCACUUUGAGUGGAGAUUUGGUUCUGGCAGAGGGCGACGAUGAAACCUCCAAAGUGCUGUCCCUGCCCAAGCCCUUAUACUUCUACGACUCCCAGUUCUCCCAGCUUUAUGUGGCCACCAAUGGUAUCGUCUCAGCCCAGGACCUGCCGAUGGAAAAGCAAUAUGUCGACGAUGGCUUCCCCACAGAUUUCCCCGUGGUGGCUCCGUUUCUGGCUGACAUUGACACCAGCGGAGGACAAGGACAGAUUUACUACCGGGUGACCGAAACGCCCAGUGUGCUCAACAGAGUGGCCCAGGAAGUACAUCGAGGGUUCCCAGAUGCAAAAUUCACACCUACACAUGCUGUGGUUGCUACAUGGGAGAACGUUGCGGCAUAUGAGGAACCGACUCGAACCAUUGGACCUUCCAACAAGUGAUCCAGUACACUACGGAGAACAAAGAAACAUGUGCCAGAUUCCAGCAGCAGUGCUCCCAGAAUGCAAUUUGCUCCGACUACGCCACAGGCUUCUGCUGUCACUGCCGACCUGGCUUCUAUGGAAACGGACGCCACUGUCUACCCGAGGGUGCUCCACAGCGUGUUAGCGGUAAGGUGAAAGGAACGGUGACCGUGGGUUCGACUCCAGUGGAGCUGAACAACAUUGAUCUUCACGCCUACAUCGUGGUGGGUGACGGGAGAGCGUACACUGCCAUCAGCGAGGUGCCCGAGCCAGUGGGCUGGGCUCUGAUGCCACUUGCACCAAUAGGAGAGCUGUUUGGAUGGCUGUUUGCUCUGGAGCUGCCCAAUAGCCAAGCAGGAUUCAAAAUCACAGGUGCUGAGUUCACUCGUCGUGCAGAUGUGGUCUUCUACCCUGGCAACCAGCGGCUGACAAUGACCCAGACGGGCCGUGGCCUUGACGACCACAACCACCUCACCGUGGAUACCGUGCUCAGCGGCCAAGUGCCUUUCAUGCCCCCUGGGGCUGAAGUCGUCAUGGAUCCCUUCAAGGAGAUCUACCAAUACUAUCCAUCUGUUGCCACCUCCACCUCCGUGAGGGAGUUUUCAGUGGUUUCGGCAGAGCGAGGCUCAGAGUCCUUCUCCUUCCAGCUGAAGCAGAACAUCACAUACCGCGACUGUCGACACGACAACCGCGCCGCCGCCGCGGAGACGCUGCAGAUCACCAUGGAGAGGGUGUUUGUGAUGUACGUCAAGGAAGAGCGGAUCCUGAGAUACGCCAUCACCAACAAGAUCAGCCCGGUCGGAGUUGAGUCAACAGGGCCGGAGCUGGUCAACCCCUGCUACGCUGGGAACCAUGACUGUGACACCACAGCCCAGUGUAUCCCACUGGAGGGCCAGGCCUUCCAGUGCCAGUGUGCUACUGGUUACAGAGGGGAUGGACGCAACUGUUACGACGUAGAUGAGUGUGCGGAGAGCUUGACUUCGUGCGGUGCUCAUGCUCAGUGCGUGAACCUGCCUGGUAGCCAUCGCUGCCAGUGCCAGAGUGGCUAUGAGUUUGGCUUCGACGGGCAUACCUGUGUUGAUAUAGAUGAGUGCAGCACCUCUCCAUGUCACAUCAGUGCCAGAUGUAUCAAUGGACUGGGUUCCUUCCAGUGUCAGUGCCAGCCUGGGUUUUAUGGUGAUGGUUUCUACUGUUCCCAGCAGCAAGGACAGACAGUUCGUCCAAAGACCCAGUGUGAACAGCACAGAGACAGUCUGCAGAGUGGAUUUGAAGAAGGUGGUCGAACAAAACUUGGAGCCUUCAUCCCCCAGUGCGACUCUGAGGGACGGUACCGAACACUGCAGUGUCACGGCUCUACUGGACAUUGUUGGUGUGUGGACAGUAGGGGGCAGGAGAGAACAGGAACCAGAACUCCAUCUGGUACACCACCUAGAGACUGUGACAAACCAGACGAACCAGAGCGUCCUAAAACUCACUGUGAGCACCACAGAGACAGUGUACAGACUACCAGUCCAGAGGGAUAUCCUAUUGUUGGAGCCUUUAUACCUGAGUGCGAUGCUAAUGGACAGUACAGAUCUCAACAGUGUCAUGGUUCCACUGGAUACUGUUGGUGUGUGGACAGUAGGGGACAGGAGAGACCAGGAACAAGAACACAACCUGAUUCAAUACCCACUGACUGUGACAAACCAGAUGAACCAGAGCAUCCUAAAACCCACUGUGAGCACCACAGAGAACAGUACAGACUACCCAGUCCAGAGGGAUAUCCUAUUGUUGGAGCCUUUAUACCUCAGUGCGAUGCUAAUGGACAGUACAGAUCUCAACAGUGUCAUGGUUCCACUGGAUACUGUUGGUGUGUGGACAGUAGGGGACAGGAGAGACCAGGAACCAAGACUCCACCUGGUACACCAUCUGUAGACUGCGACAGACCAGAUGAACCAGAGCGUCCUAAAACUCACUGUGAGCACCACAGAGACAGUGUACAGACUACCAGUCCAGAGGGAUAUCCUAUUGUUGGAGCCUUUGUACCUCAGUGCGAUGCUAAUGGACAGUACAGAUCUCAACAGUGUCACGGCUCUACUGGACAUUGUUGGUGUGUGGACAGUAGGGGACAGGAGAGACCAGGAACCAAGACUCCACCUGGUACACCACGUAGAGACUGUGACAGACCAGUCCCGGUGGGUCCAACCCAGCGUCCAGACAGUGUGUGCGAGCGAUGGAGAGCCAGUUUGAUGGAGCACUACGGUGGAAAACCAGAGCCACAACAAUACAUGCCUCAGUGCGAUCCAGAUGGACAAUUCAGGCCAGUCCAGUGUUAUGGAGAGACCACUUACUGCUGGUGUGUGGACCAGGACGGACGGGAGGUUUCUGGUACCCGAUCACAUGAUGUUGUCAAACCUGCAUGCCUUCCCUCAGUUGCCCCGCCCACCGUGCGCCCGUUGCCCCGCCCGAAUGUGACCCCUCCUCCAAACACUGACGUCACACUGCUGUACGCUCAGGGACAGAAAAUAGGAGCGUUGCCUCUGAACGGAACCAGACUCGAUGCAACCCGGUCCAAAACACUACUGACUCUACAUGGUUCCAUAGUUGUUGGUUUAGCCUAUGACUGCAAAGAGAACCGAGUCUAUUGGACCGAUUUAUCUGCAAGAACCAUCAACAGAGCUUCAAUGACGCCUGGAGCCGAGCCUGAGAUACUCAUUAACACCAAUCUGGUCAGUCCAGAAGGUUUGGCGGUGGAUGUAAAGCGUAGGUUGAUGUUCUGGGUCGACUCGAACCCGGACGUGAUCGAAACCGCCAACCUGGACGGCAGCGGGAGGCGGACGCUGUUUGAGGCAGACUUGGUCAACCCAAGGGCCAUCAUAGUGGUCUCCUCCACCGGAACUCUGUUUUGGACAGACUGGAACCGGGAGGCUCCUAAGAUUGAGAGUUCGACAGUGGACGGUCAGAACCGCAAGGUGGUGGUGUCUGACGGGAUUGGACUGCCAAACGCUCUCACGUAUGACUCGUCUGCAGGACUGGUCUGCUGGGCCGAUGCAGGCACAAAGCGUCUGGAGUGUGUCUCUCCGGACGGUUCAGGCCGCAGAGUGAUCCACCCCAGCCUCAACACCCGUUCAGGCAUGGUCUACUACAGGGACCACUUCUAGACUACACUUGAUGGAGGAGG